AUGUUCUCAACAACAGAAGAAGAUCAUCUUUCAUUGAGAGAUAUUAUUAUGCCAUAUGUUUAUAUUCGUUCAUUACUUGUCUACGAUUAUCAUAUUGAUGAUUUAGAACAACCAUUCAACGAGUAUCUUCAUCGAUUCUGUCCACAGGCAUUUAAACGUAUUGUCGAUAAUGAUUGUUAUCGAAUUGGUGGAUGCAUAGUUGAUUGUGAGAAUGGACAAGAACGAAAAGUAUUCUCGAGUGAAUCGAGAUCUAACGAAAGCGUAGCCAAAUAUUUUGGCAAUGAUACACUCGAUGAAGAUAUAUUUCCGUAUGGUAUAAUACCAACAGAUUUAUCACCAUUGAUUUUCAUGCAUCAAAUCCAUCUGCAGGAUGGAACUUUAUUAGCAAUAGGUUGUCAUCACUAUCUAUCAGAUGGUCACGGAUUGAGUACAUUAGGACAACAAUUUUCAAGAUGGCUUCAUGAGAAAAAAUCGUUAUUGUUUGAUCAUGAUUGA